AUGUUCGCGGCGUUCCGAAAGGAGGCCGUUGUCCCUCCGUGCCCCCGCGGCACCGUCGGAGACGACCUGUGGACUGCGGACCAGAACGACGACCCCGAGACGGUGCACGAGGGGCUAGGUGUGAAGCACCUGGAGCCCAUGGACAUUACAUCGCGCCUGGCGUCCCUCAUGGGCACGGAGACGCACGAGGCGGCCCAGGAGCUGCAUCUCCCGCCCGGAGACAGCCCCGUGGGCUCGCUGGCCGUGGCGCGGGGCCCAGGCCGGUCCGUGUACGGAGCGACGGGCGAAGAGGACCAGGUCGCGGUCGCCUUUGUUGGAACGAUCGAGAACGCGGAUGAGCUCGCGGAGCUGUACGGGCUCGACCUGCCACCCCCGCCUGGCGAGAACAACCACCGCUGCCCCACCGAAACUGGCGCGCAGCUCGUCCAUUCCCUCUACGUCACCGGCUUCCAGGACAUAUACGGCGACUACUCCGACCAGCCGGCCACGAUCCUCUCGGCCUUCGCGGGGGACUUCGCGUUCGUGCUCUUUGACGCUGCAGCGGGCUACGUGCUCGCGACGCGCUCGGCCUCGGGCGCCGUGCCGCUCUUCUGGGGCCUCGACUCCGACGGCCACGGCGUCGUCUUCUCCACGAUCCGCGCGGACCGCCACCUCGCGUACCUCACCGCGUUCCCCCGCGGCUGCUUCUUUGAGAGCCAGCUCGUGGAGGGGUGCGGCGACAGCGUGAUCGAGGCCUUCACGAAGCCGGUGCCCUCCGCGCGGCAGCUCGAGGCCAGCGUGCGCAAGGACUCGCACGGCCACAUCCGCAAGCUGCUGUUCAAGACCAUGUCGGGCGCGCGCCUGAACGACGACGAGGAAAUGGACGAGCCGCCGCUGCCCGCGGAGCCCGCCGCCGCGUAG